UGUGUGGCAUCUCUUAAAGUCCUGUGGAUGUAAUAGGGGGAGAAAAAAUAAUACACUGAGGCUGUAUCCGUCUGCUUAAAAAUAAAAGAACCAGCCCCUGCAUCCGUCUGUGAAAGGGAAGUGUCGGACUACAGACAGAAUUGGAAAGACUGUGUCCAGGAGCCGUCAGGCAGAAUUCUACCCUGGAAGGGAAACAGGAACAAGAAAGGAAUCUGGUCCCAUUGAGACAGUUUCAUGCAUCACCGUGAGCAGCACUGCUCUCCCGUUCCUGUCUCUUUGCCCACUCUAAUGCAUUAAGCAGCCUUUCUACCCUGAAAUGAAACAAGAGGCAUGUAAUGCACACAGCCAGAAAACCCAAGAAAAGGGUCACUGAGACGUGACCAUCUGCCCUGAGCAAACACCUCAUCAAUCUGAAGUUAACUUGGAAUUUCCCCUUGGGAAGCAGCCCCCAGCCAAUACAGGGCCAUGGAUCGGUUCCGAAUGAUCUUCCAAUACUUCCAGUCUAAUUCUGAGUCGGUGAUGAAUGGGAUCUGCGGGCUGCUAGCCCUCGCGAGUGUGAAGAUGUACACCUCCUUUGACUUUAACUGCCCCUGCCUGCCCAAGUACAACAUGGUGUAUGGUUUGGGGAUCAUGUUUCUGCCUCCCAUGGCCCUCUUUCUCUGUGGUCUCAUUCUCAACAGACAGUCGCUGGUGAUGCUGGAGGAGUGGAAAAGACCUACUGGGGGCAGAAAGAAGGAUCUGGCCAUUAUCAGGUACAUGUGCUCCUCCAUCAUGCAGCGAGCCAUGAUUGCUCCCAUCAUCUGGAUCAUCGUCACACUCCUCGAUGGGAAAUGCUUCAUCUGUGCUUUCAGCAGCUCCAUUGACCCUGAAAAGUUUGUGGGGUUUGCCAACGCCACCCCUGCCCAGACGCAGCUCUUGCUCUCCAAAGUGCCCUGCAAAGAUGAUGAGCUCAUGAAGAACCACCCUGCCCGGAAGGCGAUCUCCAGGUACCUGAGAUGCUGGUCACAAGCCCUUGGCUGGAGUAUUCUCCUGAUCCUGAUCAUGGUAGCCUUCCUCGCCCGCGCGCUCAGACCCUGCUUCAAUCAGGCCGCUUUCCUGCAGACACGCUACUGGAGCAACUACAUCGACAUCGAGCAAAAGAUCUUCGAGGAAACCUGCUGCGAGCACGCCCGGGAUUUCGCCCACAAGUGCAUCCUCCACUUCUUCGAAAGCAUGCAGAAGGAGAUCCAACUGCGGCGUUUCAACGCACCAAGGGAGGCCGAGGCGGGAGAAGGGGAAGAAGAUCACCUGCGGGGAAUCACAGACCGGGAGCAGAUGAACAAGCUCUUGAAAUCAUGGUACUACCACAAGCCCCCGCUGGAUGUGAGUCAGGCAACCCAGCAUCAGCCGGUGGGCAGAGAGAGACUGUCCAUGCCCUGGGCAGACAGCCUGAGUAACAGGGGGAAAGUGCCACAAAAGGCCCAAAUCUCCCGACAAACUGAUGUUUAA